GACCUUUUGGACUCCAGAGGGCGGGUCCUGAAAUCCCAGUCUCCUUUGGGGGACGUGUCCGCGGGCCAGUUCUGGCGCGUUGGGCCUGUCCAGACGAAGCCUCGAAGGGAUUGGUUGGGGCCUGCCCCGGGCUUCCCUCAGGCAGCGUUUGAGGCAGCCCCAACAGGGUCCUCCUGGGGCCUUUCUCCCUUUGAACUGCGGUGGCGGGCGGGCGCACUGUCUCCUGCACCCCUCAGGGCCGGGGCCGCCAUCACCAUGGCCACAGCUGCGAGUCGGCCCUGCGACGGCGGGUCGCGGGACAUCUUGUGGCGCGUUUUGGGCUGGAGGAUAGUUGCAAGUAUUAUCUGGUCAGUGCUGCUUCUACCCAUCUGUACCACAGUAUUUAUAAUCUUCAGCAGCAUUGAUUUAUUUCAUCCUAUUCGGUGGCUCUCUGAUUCUUUCAGUGAUCUGUAUAGUUCCUAUGUAAUCUUUUACCUCCUGCUGCUGUCAGUGGUAGAAGUAAUAAUAAGUAUUUUUAAUGUGGAGUUCUAUGCAGUUGUGCCUUCCAUUCCCUGCUCCAGACUGGCACUGAUAGGGAAGAUCAUUCACCCUCAGCAGCUCAUGCACUCAUUUGUCCACGCUGCAAUGGGGAUGCUGGUGGCUUGGUGUGCUGCGGUGAUAACCAAGGGUCAAUACAGUUUUCUUGUGGUUCCCUGCACUGGUACUGAGAGUUUAAAUAGCCCUGCUGCACAGACCUGCUUAAAUGAGUAUCACCUUUUUUUUCUACUGGCUGGAGCGUUUAUGGGCUACAGCUAUAGUCUCCUGUAUUUUAUUAACAACAUGAACUAUCUGCCAUUUCCCAUCAUACAGCAAUACAAGUUCUUACGCUUCAGGAGAUCUCUGCUCUUGUUAGUUAAGCAUAGUUGUGUGGAAUCACUGUUUCUGAUUAGAAAUUUCUGCAUCGUGUAUUAUUUUCUUGGCCAUAUCCCCAAAGCUUGGAUUAGCACUGCGAUGGACCUUCAGAUAGAUGAGCAGUUUCACAGGCCUCUUGACACUGUGCGUGGCCUCUUGAAUCUCUCAUUACUCUACCAUGUCUGGCUGUGUGGUGUCUUUCUUCUGAUGACUUGGUAUAUCUCAUGGAUACUCUUCAAAAUCUUUGCCACAGAGGCUCAUCUGUUCCCUGUUCAGCCACCAUUUUCAGAAGAGUCAGAUGAAUGCCUCCCGAAGGUUUUGAACAGCAGUCCUCCCCUCAUCAUAAAGUAUUUGGCCUUGCAGGACCUGAUGUUGCUUUCUCAGUAUUCUCCUUCACGAAGACAGGAAGUUUUUAGCCUUAGCCAACCAGGUGGACAUCCCCACAAUUGGACAGCCAUUUCAAGGGAGUGUUUGAAUCUUUUAAACGAUAUGACUCAGAAACUGGUUCUCUACCAAGAAGCCGCUGCUACGAAUGGGAGAAUGGUGUCCUCAUACUCCGUGGAACCCAAGAAAUCGAAUUCUCCAGAAGAAACUACUUUUCAGACCCCGAAAUCUAGCCAGCUACCUCGGUCUUCAGUGCCACCAUUAGUUAAGACAUCACUGUUUUCCUCCAAAUUAUCUACGCCUGAUGUUGGAAGUCCCCUCAGAAGCCCGUUUGGCUCUAGUGUAGUGAAUCGGAUGGCUGGAAUUUUUGAUGUAAAUACCUGCUAUGGGUCCCCUCAAAGUUCUCAGCUAAUAAGAAGAGGGCCAAGAUUGUGGACUUCUGCUUCUGAUCAGCAAAUGACUGAAUUUUCUAAUCCUUCUCCAUCUACCUCUGUUAGUGCUGAGGGUAAGACAGCGAGACAACCCAGUAUGAUUUAUUCAUGGAUUCAGAAUAAACGUGAACAGGUUAAGAAUUUCUUAUCAAAACGGGUGCUGAUAAUGUAUUUUUUCAGUAAGCACCCAGAGGCUUCUAUUCAGGCUGUUUUUUCAGAUGCCCAAAUGCAUAUUUGGGCAUUAGAAGGUCUGUCUCACUUAGUAGCAGCAUCAUUUACUGAAGAUAGAUUUGGAGUUGUCCAGACUACACUACCAGCUAUUCUUAAUACCUUGUUGACGCUGCAAGAGGCAGUCGACAAGUACUUCAAGCUUCCUCAUGCUUCCAGUAAACCACCUCGGAUUUCAGGAAGCCUUGUGGACACUUCUUAUAAAACAUUAAGAUUUGCAUUUAGAGCAUCACUAAAAACUGCCAUCUAUCGAAUAACUACUACAUUUGGUGAACAUUUGAAUGCUGUGCAAGCAUCUGCAGAACAUCAGAAAAGACUUCAACAGUUCUUGGAGUUCAAAGAAUAGCUCAGUAAUAUAAACUGUGUUCAUUACACUGCUGAUACAGCUACAGAUGGGACAGUAAAUGUUCAGCAUUCUUGGAUCAGAAGAAAAUGGACUAAUUAGAUGCUUCCUUUGUCGUGGUGGUUGCUUUGAAAACUAUACUUUAAUGGGAGAAAUCAUGGAAAGAAAUUCUCAACAGAAUAACUGAAAACUGCCUUUUCUGUACCUAUUGCUUUUUGUGUGUGUGGUAUAAUAAAAUCUUUAUUCAAUUUUACAGAAGCCUCUAUGGCGGUAAAAAUGUCUGUAGCUUCUAUAGCUUAAUAAUAAUAGCUGGAAAAUUUUUAGAAUUUACUUUUGAGCUGAGUAGAGCCAGUUCAGAAGGUAAAAUAGGUUGACUUGAUUCAAUCUUCCUAAUUGUGCUGAGAGUUUUAACUCUCUCUACAUUCAAAAUCCAUAAGCCUUUUAGGAGUAGUUUCUUUUUACUGAAGGAUAAAGGUGGUAACAGUGCAGAAAAAUUCACAGAAAAAUUACUGUUUAAAGGACAUAUUUUGUUAAUCUGGUAGGUUGUAUUUUUCUUUCCAAGGACAAAUUAAAUUUGCAUGAUUGUCCAAAAAAGAUCUCAAUUUACAGAUGCUAACUCUAUGUAAAGGAAUGUGGAAAAAUUCAGUUCUUAAGUUUCAAGAUUAAACAUUCACAUUUGGUUUUCGAAAGACGAUUGACAACUAUGAAUUUGUUUUGUAUCAUGCUGGUAAACAAUAAGUAUAUGGGUAUUUUCCCAACUAGUUUUGCUUUCUUUUUCUGGAACAAAACAUUAAGUGAUUGCAGAGGUUUUCAAGUGAGAGAAGUUUUGCAACAAAAACCAGGAAACUUUCCCUUUUUGCUCUCCAUUUCCUCCACCCCCACCCUUCAUCUUCAUUAGAUCAGAUUAUGUGGUGAAGCCUGUUUGGCCUCACAGAGGGAGCAGCCUAUGCCGUGUUAACUGCUAAUAAAAAUAUAUUAGGAAAAUCUUUACAACCAGAAACAACUUAGUCAUCAAAUAGCAAGUGAAACCAAAAUGUCGGAGGGCUUACUGUACUUGGGAGUAUGUCGUAUGUCCCAAAAGUGAGCGAGGUAGUUUUAUUAUUUAUUAGAUCAACUUCUUUGGAGAUGAAAGACAGGAGGUCCCACUGGUAGGUGUUCACUGUUGGCAUAGGGCUGAAAUGCUUCCUUGUAAUUCUUUUCCUAUUGUUCCCUCUACUUUCCCCCAAUUUCUUCUUUAAAGUCAGUACAGUAUUGUGUAUGAAUCUUUAAUGUGGUAUGUAUGUCUACCAUUUGUCUGAUUACUUGAUGCAUUAUAUCUUUAUUCCUUUUGUUUGUUGCCCCUUCAACCAGCACAUGCCAAAUUAUAAAUGAAUCCUGCUGUCCUUUAGAGUGUCUUUAGGAGACAAUUCCCCAGUUGUCGAGUGUUUGGAGUAUUUAGGCUAAUUGCUACUUUUCUUUCUUUCUUUUCCUUCUUUUCUUUUCUUUCUUUUCUUUCCUCCUUUCUUCCUUUCCUCCUUUCUUCCUUUCCUCCUUUCCUCCUUCCUUCCUUCCUUUUCCUUUCCUUCUUUCCUCCUCUCUCUCUCUCUUUCUUUCUCUUCUCAUCUGAAAUGGGGUGCUCUCUCUUUUGAAUAUGAACAUUGAAUUUUGACUGUAGUAGUUCCUUGGAGAUGACCAGAAGAUUGUGGCUAGGUUGACUGAAAACUGUUGGGUUCCGUGUUUUAGAGUUACUGAGCUUUUUCUGUUCCACUCUGUGCUGCCCUUGGCUGAGGCAUUUUGG